ACUCUGGCCUGUGGGAGUCACACACACAUGCAGAUCCAUUUAAGAUAAAAGUACUCUUAAUAGGGUAGCGAAUGGUAUAUAUGCUUAAAUCCAAUUCACAGCUGCUUCAUUCAGAUUCACUCUUCUCAGUUAUCCAGAGCUUGUUUGUAAUGGACAGCAUGUUUCCUGCCUGGGCUCUCACCGCUUUGCUCCUGAGCUACACUCUUGGGCUUCCCAUCCAGAAUAGCACAAGUGGAUCUAAUUUGGAGUCUUUUCUCAAUGCCACAGUAACAAACUCCACGGUUGGAUCUGAUAAGGAGUCUUCUCUGAAUGCCACAGAAAAUAUAAAAAGAAAUCAUGGGAAUGCAUCCCGAAAGUUUUGUUUUUUGUCCAUCUGUUCCUUGUCGAACCUGGCGUCUUCCCUUCAGACUGGAGACGAGACUGCCGGUGACAUGGCCAAUCCAAUGGGAAUCGGCAAGAAAUGAAGGAAGAUGUAACAUAAACAUGUUCCUGAAUUAAAAACAGUAGAGUUUUGACAGUAUAAUAACAGAGGAAGCACUUUGCAUUACAGUGAUGUGUUCUGUGAUUUUGGAUUUGCUGUAGUAUUGUAUGAAAACAGUGAUUUUGGCAUGCCAGUGUCAAGAUACGCUCAAAUUCAGUUUUUCUUACAACAGUGAUGUUCCUGUCUUCAUUUUUAUAUUAUUUUGGUAUUAUUCUCCUAAGAUCCCACAAUUCAUUUUUGUUCAUUGUUAAUUUACUUGUGUGUUCUCUGAAAGCAUACAUGCCACAGUUUUAAGACCUACAGUAUAUGUAUCGUCCUUAAGAGGACAUUAUUUUAUUGUUACUAUGAUUAUUCUUUGUAUUACAAAUGACCACAAAACAUGUUAAUACGCAAAUUAGACAUAGACUGAGAAUGCAGUGUUGAUAAUAUUUACACACACAUUGUAUAAUAAAUCUAGGAAGUAUAACACAAAACACGUGAAAUGUUGGUUUAUUUUUGUUAGUAGGAGCUGCGAUUUCUGUGCCAAAGAGCUGAACAUAUUUUCAACACUUAUUUAGACUAAUCUCUUGAUGUCCACUAUAGUGUACAUCAUUUUUUUUUUUUUUAAUGACACAUGUUCCUUCUUAUGCAUCAAAAUACCAUAAGAACUGAAAUAAAGUCAAUUUUCAUUUGAAUCAAUGGUCUGUCAGUGUUGAAAAUGUAAACAUUUAUAUCUUGUGUAACUCUUUUAUCCUGCGUUUUUGUGUGAUAUUUACAUUUUUUCCAUUCCCCUUUUUGAAGAAGAGGAAAUUGCUUAUUAGUGCUCCUUAUGAUAAUUGUUUAUUAUUGAAUUAUAAAUAAAAAAAAAUAGAUGCAUUAUUUUCCCCUCAUUAUUUAACGGAUAUUAUGUAUCCAGAAGGAAUAAGUUAAUAGAAUA